GAUGCUGAUUCGAUUUGUGUGAUAUAUUAUCAAAUAUCUUUCAUAAUGAUGGUGUAGUUGAAACAAUUCAGAGAUGUAUUGUUGUUUUUGAAGAGGAAUGUAUGCGUCACUAUAGUUUCAGGUAUUUUUGAACGCCACACUUGAACGUGGAAACUACAAUAGCUCCCUCUAGUGGCGUGGAUUAUUACAAUUGCACAAAAAAUGCAAUGCAACUGAGCUCAUCCUUCACUGUAUAUUAACAAAAUAGGAAGUAAAUUGAGAAACGUGCAGUAUUUAUUCUUGUUUUGAUACACUUAAAACCAGACAAAUGUCCUUUUCCUUCAGUUUGUAGCAACAAAACUGUGGUGGGAAGUACAACUACAUUGCUGUUGCCUGUACUUAAAUAUAUUUUUCAUUUAUUUGUACUUAAAGGUAUUUAUUUGUAUUACUUUUUUACGUUUACCCUGAGCAUUUGAAAACGUUGUAUUAGAAAGUACACUCCUAUUUUUUUGUGAUUUAUAAAAUAAGACCAAGGGAAAUCAAAUCAAAACCUUCCUCACUUAUGUGACCUUUUAACAGAAGUAUCUUUUAGGUAUAAGAGUGUGACUAGUUUUGCUAACUCUGCAACCAGAGCAACCGAUGCUGGCACUCUCAUAAAAGAAUCUCUAGUGUGUGUGGAAAGCCAUUCUCAUGUCAAGUCAACAAACAAGAGGCCCACGCCUCAGUCGGGUCAAACACAUCCUAAAAACUCUGUGAGGAGCUCAGUUGUGCAUGACUGCCCGGAUGAAGAUGGAGCUGCCGUGUGAAUCUGAUAAGAGACCAAUCAGUUGCAAGUUUGUGGAGCUCCAUGUUCUCUACGUACCAGACGACCAGUGGAAUGUGAAGCUGAACAAAGUUCCUUCAGAAGCCACGGAGAGUUUCAUAUCUGCAGGCUUCAUCAGGGUUUACCCUGAGGUCACCCUGAAAGCUCUGAGAAGUGAACUAGGGGAGCUUCUGGGCACAGACAGGAACGUGGACAAAUUUUCCUUCUUGAAAUGCGUGGGCCGUAGCUUGGCUAUGGUCAAAAGCAAACAGGAGAAGGAUAUAAAAGCCAAAACGUUCGCGCCACCGUAUGCCGCCCAGCCAGAGCUUUACCUGUUGCCCACAGUGGAGAACCAGAGCAGCCUUUCCUCCCAUUUGCUCAGCCCAGACACCAGCAGCAGCUCCCCAGACCCGCCGACCUACUACCCCCACAAGACGUGGGGCUCGCCAGCCGAGACAAAAGAGCCUGUGAAGUUCCCCCACAUCCCCCAAUCUUCCCACCAGCUUGUUCCCUCUUCUAGCUUGGAGGAGGAGGGAGAGCAUGAUGAAGUGCAGGGUUACAGUUCCUCAGAGGGAGAACAUGGUGGGAAGGAAGAAGGUAAUAAGAUUGAGUGGCAUGAGACGGGGGAGCGUGACAAGAGAAAGUCCAACAAUCAAGUUCAGAGUAAAGGCGGCUUGGCUCAGGUGAAGGAACAUCCCCAAGAGGAAGAACCAACAUGCAGAAAGAAGAAACUUCACCAGCAAGGAAGCAGAGCAGCCAAAGAUUCAGGAGCCGUGGAGUCGGUGGAGGAUGGAGAUUCAGACAGGCAUCUCGGAAAAUCACGAGAUUUAUUCACGUUUCAGUCGUUCAGGAGUAAAACAACCAGUGGGGUGGCGGAAAGCCCAGUUGUGCUAUCCCGACCCAUCCGCUGCACCUCCCCACCGCCUGGUUUAGACCUGACCAUGACAACCCAGAAACCCAUUAUUUCCGCCGUCAUCCCGUCUAAUAGAGAAGAACUUAUCGAGGAAAUCAAGUUGGUGAAGGAGGAAAGGAAACAAUUAGAAUGGAAAAGGCAGGAGUUGCUCAGGAAAGGCAAAGAUCUGUUGGCCCAGAACAGGCACCGCAGGAACCAAGCACGUGACAGCUGGAAAAAAAAGUAUUUUGAUACCAAGAAGGCCACUGGACCUUUGGAAGAUGCACUGAGGAAUGUGCGGCAAGAACUGGAGACAUUCUACGACAAGAUCCUGCAACAGCUCCAUGCCAGAGACAGAAGUAAGGCGCAAAAGCAAGGACAAGCCUCUGAAAAGAAUGAGCUCAUCAUCCAAAUCCUGACAGAGACCCACGACAUCGGCAACCUGAAAAGGAUGGUGGAAGAUGCCAAGAUGAAGCUGGUGACUGGGAUAAAGCUGAGGAAACAGGCUGCUACUGAACUGAGGGCACUGAAGGUGGAGCUGGCCCAGAAGAAGAGUCAGUCAGUCCGUCAGAGGCCUGCGGCGUCACUAAGCUUUGUGAACAGCACUCGAGACAAAACAAAAGUCCAAAACAGUUCCAACUAAGGAGGGCCUUUUUUAUUUUAUUUUUUACGGGAACACAUGGCAUAAAAAGUGAACACCAAAUGACAUUGAAAGUGUCAGCAAAAAAAAAAAGCAACAAUAAAGCCUGCAGUGCAAGUAUGCGUCUGA